CUUGCAUUUCUUUUCCUGCAAAACUUCUGCGAGAAGCUUCAUCGUUCAUCUUCUGUUCGUGAACUGUGGUAACAACUGGGGAUCUCUACAUCAAAUCUCUCAAAACCGAAAUCAGAGUUUGAGAAAAUGUCGUCAGAAAGAACAGAAAGUGUAGUAGGGAGUGAGGUGGAACCCUUGGACUACGGGAGGAUGGACACAGAGAGUAGUCCAUCUCCCACUAGUUCGGAGGAGACAGUAGAGGGGGUGAGAGGGGAUGAAGUGAUGGAGGUUGGGGGGGAUGAGGUGGCGGAGGUUGGGAGGAAUGAGGUGGUGGGGGUUGGGGUAGAUAGCAUACCCAUCACCGUAGUAGAAGUAGAAAGUAAUGGGGAGAGAGGUUAUGAUAGAAACGCAGAUAUAGUGGAGGAAGUGAAGCAGUACCGUUCUGAACUAAGGACCAGGGAUGACCUGUGUCACUUAGUAGAAACGUACGAGAUCUCUUCUCGGGUGUUAGUUAGGCCAGCUGGGGUAGAGGAGAGGGCAUGUUCUGCUCCUCGGGAUCACUGGAUGCCUGUGUACUCCCACUACUUGAUGGCGGGACUCAGGUUUCCACUUCCUGAGUUGCUGAUAGGUUUGUUGUUAGAUUACAACAUAGGGUUGACACAGUUGGUUCCCAACGCAAUGAGGGGGAGUAGUAAGAGAGAUAAGGGGUGGUAUUAUUUCACCCCGAGGGUAGCUAAUAAGGAGGGUAGGAUUUUAUUUACAGCGGGUCCUUCGUCCAUUAAGGGAUGGAAGGAAAAAUUCUUUUUUAUAGAUGAUACGGAGUGGGGGAAGGGAGAUGCCGAGGUGAGGGCGUUAGCUUCCUGGAAGGCCAAAAGGGCCAACCAGAAUAGGUUUAGUUUAAACAGGGAUGAAGAGGAAGAAGUGGGGAGGUUGGUGAGGAAGAGGGGGGAUGUGUUGAACAUCAUGGACCUCACCAGCGCAACAUGCAUAAAGGCUGCUGAGCUCUAUGGGCCCAGCGCUCUGAGUGAAGCUGACAUGAACCAAUUUCUGGGCACAGCUGGAGGAAAGGCUAUCCCCAAGAAGCCAAGGAAGAAGUCAAGGACUUCGACCAAACAAGUGGAUGAGGGGAUAACUGGGAAGGAGCAAGCAGAUCAAGGUUUUCCCAAAGCAGCUGUCCAUUUCGUUCUUCGUCGAAAUGGGUGACCCGGAAGCUUGGGACUCCUAUCUCAAUAGGGAUGACUG